UUAUAGCCAAAGUUCUGCGCAGGCAUUCACAGCACCUUACACAACACAACACAACCACACAUUCUUUGCAACACUUUACACUACUAUUAUUUUUUGAGUUUUGUUUAUAUUCCUUCAUUGAUUCUUGUUUCUUCCCUCCAUCCACCUAAACCAUUUAUCCCAUAUCUGGUAGAAUUCUUGCAUUGGACUUCACAAAAUGUGUGUUGUGGCUAUGAAUCAGAUUGACCAGAGGUGGGUUGCUCCUGGCAUGCAAAAAACUUGCACAUGUGCAUGCUUGCUUUGCUUAUGCACACACCAGAUGCAUCAAUGUACAUUUGCACAAAAAUAGGUCUCUCUGCACAUGUGCAAAAUGUUUUUUAAAAAAGGAACAAUUUACAUUUGUGUAAUUGUUCUGCUUAUGCACAGAACCAAAAAUCCAAGAUGGCAGGCCUGGUUCCAGUGACCCAGGCCACCAACUAUCAGUUUGGCCAAACUGGUAGGAGCUCAUCUGAGAUUAACCCACUCCACCCCCCCCCAUGUAUCUGUAUAACCUGUGAGCUCUGGUCACAUGUAGUUGACAUUCCCCCUCAUGUGAAUGCCCUUCCUUUCUACUGUUCAGGAUGGAGGACCAAGCAGAGAUCAAGGCUAGCAGCUCUUUUUGUCUCCAAAGUGACUCCUCCAGCUCCUGCUUUCCUGGUGGCCUCCUUUUCACCUCCUGAGGAUCCUUCGCGACCGCCGACUCGUGGAGAAUGGACCAUUCUGUGAAUGGCACCCUAGUGGAGAAGCACAGCCCCAUAGAUUACGGAGUCCAGAUCCGGUUCAUCGAUGACCUGAAGGAGCCCAGGAGAUCCCAAAAAGCCCGCCCCAAGGCAGGCAAGUCGGGCUCCUACGGCGUUGCCGUGCGAGUUCAGGGUAUCGACGGUCAACCUUUUGUGGUCCUCAACAGCGGUGAAAAAGGAGGCGAUUCCUUCGGGGUACAGAUCAAAGGAGGAAACAAAUAUGAAAGGCCGGCUCAGACUUUUGAGGAGACUUUUCUGGGCUCUCCCAGAGCGGGGUCUUCAUCCAAGGACAUUUCGGGGUCCAUCAGCUCCGACUCAGAUCUUCCCGAAAAUCCUUACGGGGUGAAACCUUCUCGAUACGGGUCUCAGUACAGCACCUCGGAUGAGGAACCGGGUCUCCAACGAGUGCCCCAAGCGGAUAGCUUGGAUGGGAUUCGCGUGUCUCGCACCAACCCUUCCUCUGCUGCCCAUAGUGGCUAUCGGACCAUGCCCCACAAAAAAUCCAUGGGGCAGCAGCACCUGCGGCGCACUCAGUCCCACAGUUCUUUGCUUGAACCUGAGACAAGCGAACCUCAAGGGGUGAGCCACUCUCGAACUCAUAACUUGGGUUAUAGUUCCCAGUCCUCCACUUCAGGCAUCCCAGAAAGGGGUUCUGGUGCGCGGAAUCCCUCUCCCCCCAGGCUCCCCAACCUCAGGGAACCCACAACCACCAAUUUCUCUGGUUUGCGACCGGUCCCCAAGCUGGUGUCCUCAGACACAGACUCACCUGAACCGACCCAACCAAUCCGGACCAACAACGGCGACAUUGACACAAAGCCUCUGUCCUCCGUGGACUCCUUGAUCCACAAAUUUGAUGGGAAGGCCCCCCCGAGGGGCCGAGCUUCCCGCAGGACCCGGGUCUCCCCCGAGAGCCAUCAGCGCUCCCGGAGCCUUGACGGAAGGAGCGCUUACCGCGAUAUGGACGACGAACGAGAACGAGAGAUCAACAGACAUCAUCCAGGAGAUUUCAAAGAAGUAGCACAAUCCUCGGCGGCUAAGCCGCUCGUUUCGGCGAACUCCCCGGGCAGCCGGGGAGCCUCCGUUCAAGAGGUGAAGAAGGAGAAGGAAGUAGACAAGUCUAAGAUGAUCCAGGAUUGGGUCAACAAGAGUCUGGACGAGCCCGGGACGGAGAAACAGACGAGAAAAAUCCAGUCUGAUUUGCAGCUGAAGUCCACCCCAGAUCUUCUGAGGGAUCAGCAGAAAGUGGCCCAGCCGGGGAGCAGCGAAUACACCAAGGAAGUUAUCUACAGUAUCCUGAAGGACAGGAGCAGCGAUAGCGACGCCAUGGCGAAGCGGAAAACCAACCUGAUCUUUGAGAAAAUCCAGGCGUUUGCGGCCGUCCCUUCGUCGGAGCUGAGGGAGUCCGGCGCGGAGAUAACCAAAACAAAAUUGAAAAUGGACGAAGCGGACAGCCGGAACAAGGCGGCCCAGAGCCUUCCUCGACACCUCCAAAUCCGGCUGCAGGAACUGGAGGAAGAAUGCCAGCGACUCCGGGAAGCUUUUGAGAAGAAGAGCCAGGAGCUCCAGAGCACGGGGAAAGAGUUGAGAGACGUCCGAGCGGUCAAGGAACAGCUGGAAGCCAAGCUGACCGACCUCGAAGACCAACUGACCGAGAUGCAGAAGGCCCUGGACCGCUUUCAAGAAGUCUCCUCCGCCAGCCCGGAUCAGGAAGCCUUGCUGAAGGAGCUUCUGGAGACCCGCGAAGACCUGGAGGAGAUCUUGACCGCCAAGCAGAAGCAGGAAGACCAGCUCCGCCAGAGGGAACGCGAGUUGACGGCUCUGAAGGGGGCCCUGAAGGAGGAGGUGGCCAGCCACGACAAGGAGCUGGAUCGGGUCCGGCAAGAGUACCAGCAGGACAUGGAGCAGUUGAGACGCAACAUGGAGGACGUGUCUCAGGAUCAAGACAGCCUGGAGGCCGAGAGGCAGAAGGUCAACUCCCUGGUGAGGACUCUCCAGACGGAGCUUCAGGAGAGCCAAGAGGAGGCCGCUCACUGGAAGGAGGUGUCUCAGCGGAACAAGGAGGAGCUCCGUAGCGUCAAACAAGAGCUGAUGCAGGUGAAAGUGGAACGCGAGGAGUUUGAGGAGGACCUGAAGGAGAGCCGCGAGCACUUGGCAGCCACGCGGAAAGAGAUGGAGCAGCUCCGGAACCGUUCUACGGACGCCGAGGGGCUCCAUAAGCUAAGAAAGGAGCUCCGUCAGGCUCAGGAACAGCUGCAGGACAUGGCGGAGGAGAAGGAGGACCAACACAAGGUCCUACGCUUGCGGGAGAGUGAGAUUAUUGACCUGAAGGAGAAACUUGACGACGAGGUUGCGUCCCACAGCCAGGACCUUCAGGGAUUAAACUUGAGGUUCCAAGAAAAGAUGCAGCAGCUCCAGAAGGACUACGAGGAAGCGUUUAAGACCAAGGAGGCCUUGGAAGGCGAGAAAGAGGCCAUGGAGCAGACCAGGAAACUGGUAGAGUCCACCCUGCAGGAAAGCCAGGAAGAGAACGAUGACCUUCGGCGUAAGAUCUUGGGGUUGGAGACCCAACUGAAGGAGUACCACCGUUUUGCUGACAGCUGGCAAGACGUGGAGACCAGGCUGAAGGAGAAGAUUUUCAAGUUGGAGGCUGACCGCAAGCAGAUGGAAGAGUCCGUCAACAACGCCGCGGACCAGGAGCAGGACUUCCUGCUGGCCAAGAGGUCCCUGGAGAGUCGGCUGGAGGAGGCUCAGCGCAACCUCAAUAGGCUCACCCUGGAGCACCAGGACUUGAGCACCUCCUACCAGGAGGAGCUGAAGCAGAAGGAGGCACUCAGGAGGGCCAAAAACGACCUGGAAGAGGAGAAAAGGUUGCUGGACAGAAGCAUCGUGAAGCUGAGCAAGGAGCUGAAGCAGAUGACGGAGGAAUCUCACCAGGCCCUCUCGGAGCUGCAGUCCCAGCUGGAGGAGUACAAGGAGAAGUCGCGCAAGGAGAUCAGCGACUCCCAGAAACAGGCGAAGGACCGGAACGCGGAAGUGGAGAAGAUGCAGUAUGAGUUGGGGAGAUGCCAAGAUGAGGUGCUGCGUCUCAAACAGGCCCUCCAGGACAGCCAGGCUGAGCUCGAGAACGCCGUCCUGGACAAGGAACUCCUGGCCCAGCGAUUCCGCAACCUGGAGCAGGAGAUGGAGACCAAGCGGCGAUCCCAGGACGAUCGAUCCCGCCAGGUCAAAGCAUUGGAGAACAAGGAUCUCAAAAGCCGGCUGACCAGCAAUGAAGGACUGCAGAAGUCCAGCGUCAACGUCUCUCAGCUGGAGUCGCGGAUCCAAGAACUCCAGGAGAAACUCCUGGCGGAAGAAAGGGAGAAAAGUGUCCUGCUCUCCUCCAACCGGAAACUCGAGAGGAAGAUGAAGGAGCUGAGCAUCCAGAUUGACGAAGAGAGGCAGCAGGUCAACGACCAGAAGGACCAGCUGAGCCUGAGGGUCAAGGCGCUGAAGCGGCAGGUGGACGAGGCAGAGGAGGAGAUCGAGCGGCUGGAGGCAGCGCGGAAGAAGGCCCUGAGGGAGCUGGAGGAGCAGCACGAGACCAACGAGCAGCUCCAGAGCCGGGUCAAAGCCCUGGAGAAGGACCUCUGGCGCAAGGCAGCGCGUUCGACGGCCGAGUCCUCUCUCCGGGACGACCAGCUGAGUUCGGACGAAGAGUUUGACAGCGCUUACGGCCCGUCCUCCAUUGCCUCACUUCUGACGGAAGGGAACCUCCAAACCAGCUCCUGUUAAGGCCCUCUCGGGGUUCGUUUGGAUGCUCUCUGAAGAUCCCCCGGGAACUUGGCAAAAUCCCCGGGGGGUCGGAGAGGGAUCUCCAAAAAAAGGUUUCUUCCCCAAUUGGGGUGCGUGUCACCGAAGCAACCAACUUCUUGAUUUUAAAAUAAUUGGAGGGAAGGUUUUUUAAAUUUUUGGUCGCUGCGGGAGAGAAAACCAGAGUCUGUGAAAAGAAAAACUGAGCAUUAUUUAGGGAAUUUUUUUUUAAAAAAAUCUGGUUCUCAGGGCAUUGACGAGCGGUUAAAGUAACAGAGCCUCCUUUUAAAUAUGUAUAUAUAUAUAUUUUUUGUACAUACGUCGGGUUGCAUGGAGAUGGCGAUGGGCGUGCAAUUAUACGGUGGAACAAUCCGGGGCGUUAGAAAAAACGGGGCCUUGGUGCAUGGAAUUGGCCUUUUCAAGUCCCUCUGGAAGAAAUAUUUGGGGUUUUCCCCAACUGAAUCUUCUCCGCAUUGGCUUGGCUUAUGUCCCCCCAACCCCCAUGCGCCCCUUCCCCCCCAGAAAUCUCAACCAGAGGUGGCCUUCCAGAUGUGUCCGAAUCCCCAAACUCUCUUCGGACCGCUGGCUGUGAGAUCUGGUGGCAGGGAGUUCCGCGGGAUCUGGAAGACGGUUGUCCCUCCAUCCCUGUUUUUUUUUCCUUCUCGUUUUAAAGUAGUGCCUUUCCCACCUUCUCCCCCAAAAGAGAUUAUUUCCAGUGGGCAACUAGAGGUCACGUAGACCAUCCCGCUUAGAAAGGCGUGAGCAGUUUUGGCGCCCCCUCCCUUCCCCCCCCCCAGGAGGGGCUCUGGCCGAUCCUUGGUGUUUUCCUCCCAUUAAACCAGCCAGGAUUCAAUCGAGGGCUCUGAAGAGUUGCCAGAAACCCAGGGAUGUCCAUUCCACGCUCAUCUCGGUGGCAAGAAGCAAAUUUAUGCAAAAAUAAUAAUAAUAAUCCCCCAGCCAGAUUUAAUUAUCUCCAGUCUGUACGUCUUUCUGAUUUGAGGUGUGUUUCUACAGACGACAACUUGUUUUUGUGGUCGGAUUUAAGUAAUCGUCACGAAAUCACCAUUCCUUGACCAAGACAUUGGUCAACAACAACGGCCACAUCAAAUGCUCUCCGCCAUAUUUGGUCUUUUGGGCAAACCGAGAAGUCCCAUCCUCCGUUCCUCCGAGCGCAGAGGCUGAUGGGACCCGGAACCCACAUCCGAUGGGCACCUGGCUGCAGGAGACCCCUUCCCCUAAAAGAGAGGAAUGCCAGGGCAGUCAAUAUAUCUCUCCGGAGCGGAGUCAAAAAAACAUCCGAGAAGGGGGAAGAAAAUGGAAGAAACAAAUAAGAACAAUCUCCUUUUUUUUACAAUUCUCUCCUUUAAAAUGGAGCAUUGAAGCUGCCUCCCCUUAGCGCGUCUCUUUUCAAAGGGAGGCUGAAGUUCGGAUGCCAAAUGCGCAUAUUUUUAAAGCACCCGUCUCUUCCCGUUUGAAAAAAAAGUGUUUUUCCAGUCCCGGAUUGUGUUUUUACGGCAAAAGAGGCAAACCCAUCAGGCUCUCUCUCCGCGCGCCGACAGCUCCUUGGCAUCCCCGCGCGAUCCGGAUUCCUGUCGGGUGAGGCUGGUUUGGUGAGCUGGCACAGAAGAACGCGGCUGGCUUGCAAAAUCCUGCCGCGUUGCCCAAUUUAUUUUUCUGCUUCCUCGGUUUUUCCUCCCCUGGGACACCCCCCCUCUUCAGGUCCACCCGAAAAUCACCUCUCCAGGCCUCGCCUGGCACCUUAACGUGCCUUAUCGCCAGCGAGCACUUUUUCCUGGAUUUUUGCCCCGACCGGUUGCCCCAGGAAAUGUGCUCGGAGAACGUAACGCAUCUCCGUACCUCGGCACCCAUCCGGGGACGGGAAUUCUGGGAGUCGAAGUCCCCAAACCUUCAAAAGUGGCCAAGCUUGGACAUCCUCCUGACUUCCACCGGUGAAUCGGAAUUAAAUCCGGAAUCCCAAUCCGUAGGAAAUUAGCGUCGUUUUCAUCAAGGCAUGACUUUCCAUUCCACCCCAAACUCAAAUUUUAUCCCCAAGCUCAACUCCAAAUGUUUCCUAUUCCCAAACUCUCUUCAGACCGCUGGCUGUGAGAUCUGGUGGCAGAGAGUUCCACGGGAUCUGGAAGAUGGCUUAUUAUUAUUAUUAUUAUU